UGUGUACUUUGAGGAAGCCAGAACGGGUGGUUGUACUAUUAUUUUAUUAUUAUUAUUAUUAUUAUUAUUAUUAUUUUGUUAUUCUUUAAAAAAAAAAAAAAAAAAAGUUUUCUUUAAUAAUAAUAAAACAUCUAAUGAAAAGUGAGCAGGAAUGACUCGCACAUAAUUUAAAAACAUGGCUCGAACAGGAGAAAUAAUACAUUUGAACGUAGGAGGAGAAAGGUUUAGCACUUCAAGACAGACCCUAACGUGGGUCCCAGAUUCCUUUUUUUCAAGUCUUCUGAGUGGCAGGAUCUCCACCUUGAAAGAUGAAACUGGUGCAAUUUUUAUUGACCGGGAUCCCACGGUGUUUGCCACCAUCUUAAACUUCCUUCGCACCAAAGAGCUGCACCCCAGGAACAUCAAUGUUCGCUUGUUGAUGCAUGAAGCUGAGUUCUAUGGAAUCACUCCAUUGGUUCGAAAACUUCAGCUGUGUGAUGAGUUGGAGAAGUCGUCUUGUGGGAGUGUUCUGUUCAAUGGCUAUCUACCUCCUCCAGUGUACCCAGCCAAGCGGAUAAAUCGACACAGCGUGGCUGGCCCCCAUUUUGUGAGCGGGCGACCGGGUUCGAUCGGGAGGGCUCCAGUGCGGAGGAGCAACACAAUGCCACCCAACCUGGGGAACGCGGGCAUACUGGGCAGGGCGCUGGAGGAGAGACCCAACGGGCAGUCCUCUGACCCGGGCAUGGUCAGGAUAGUGUGUGGCCACCACAACUGGAUUGCAGUGGCUUACGCCCAGUUUGUGGUUUGUUACAGGGUGAAGGAGUCCUCCGGCUGGCAGCUGGUGUUCACCAGCCCCUGGCUGGAGAGGAUGAUCGACAGGGUGGCACUCAACGCCAGGGUGAUGGGCGGCUCGCUGGGGGACAAUGACAAGAUGGUUGCCGUGGCGUCCUGCAGCGAGAUCAUCCUGUGGGCGAUCCAGACCGAUGGCAACGGAACUGAGAUCGGGGUGUUCAGUCUGAAUGUACCCGCGGAAGCCCUCUUCUUCGUGGGCAACCAGCUGAUUGCUACCAGCCACACGGGGAAAGUGGGUGUCUGGAACGCAGUGACCAAACACUGGCAGAACCAGGAUGUGGUGCCUAUAAACAGUUACGACACAGCUGGCUCCUUUCUCCUGUUGGGGUGUAAUAAUGGAUCGAUUUAUUAUAUAGAUGUGCAGAAGUUUCCCUUGAGAAUGAAGGACAAUGACCUCCUGGUGACUGAGCUGUACAGGGACCCCUCUGAAGAUGCCAUCACUGCCCUCAGUGUCUACCUCACGCCCAAAACAAGCGACAGUGGGAACUGGAUCGAGAUUGCGUACGGUACCAGCUCCGGGAUGGUCCGUGUGAUUGUGCAGCACCCCGAGACGGUGGGCUCAGGACCGCAGCUUUUCCAGACCUUCUCUGUGCACCGCAGCCCCGUCACCAAGAUCAUGCUGUCCGAGAAGCACCUCAUCUCGGUGUGCGCUGACAAUAAUCACGUCCGGACCUGGACUGUGACCCGAUUUAGAGGCAUGAUAUCCACCCAGCCCGGCUCCACCCCUCUCACCUCUUUCAAGAUCCUGUCCCUGGAGGACACUGAUGGGCACGCGGGCUGCAGCGCCGGCAAUGACAUUGGACCGUAUGGAGAACGGGAUGACCAGCAGGUGUUCAUACAGAAAGUGGUGCCGGACACUGAUAAGGUCUUUGUGCGUCUGUCUUCCAAUGGGAAACGGGUGUGUGAGGUGCGCUCCGUGGACGGCACGGCUAUUACCUCCUUCAUGGUCCACGAGUGCGAGGGCUCCAGCAGGAUUGGCUCCCGGCCACGCCGAUACCUCUUCACUGGCCACGCCAACGGCAGCAUUCAGAUGUGGGAUCUGACCACCGCAAUGAAGAUCGCUGGCAAGACCGAGGCCCAAGAUGUCGGAGGUCCCUCCGAGGAGGAGCUGCUUCAGCUACUGGAUCAGUGUGACCUUGCUCUGACCCGGACGCCGGACAUGAGCCCUGCGACCUCCUUCACUCACUCUGCCACCCCGCGGGCAUCCACCUGCAGCCUCCAGUCUCAGUCCAGCGACUACUGUCGCGACAGAAUCCCCAGGACAGGAGUACCCGUCCUGGACCCUGCAGCCCCACGCCCUGCUCCGCCUGUGCCCUUGAGCAAGCCUCGAGAUCGCUCCUUUGUAGGAAUGGGAGGUGGUGUGGCCCUUCACCCUCACGUCGGCAGCAGCCAAGCCUCUCUGAGCGGUGGUGGUAGCCCCCGCGCCCCCAGGGUGCAGCCAGACACAGUCAGCGCGGAGGUCCGAUUGAGAGGGCCCGAGAGGAGGCUGCCCUCUGAAGAGGAGGCCAAGGCCCAAGGUGUGAAGCGGGGGAGCUUCGUGGAGAGAUGCCAGGAGCUUGCCAAGUCCACAGAUUACAGCAGCUUGGAUUCCCGGAGGAGCGUGGUUGCCUCGAGUGAGCUGGAGGCCAGGCUUGGCAUGAGGAGCCCGGGCAGUCUUCCUGCUACCCAGGUGCGGAAAGUGGUGCCUGCGCCAAGCCCAGUGCCAUCACUCCGGGCUCAGCCGCAAGCCUCCCCUCGCAGGGUGACUACCUCAACACCCAGUGAAACCAGCGAUGACACCCCCUCCUCCAGCCCCUCUCGCCCAGCUUCAAGUUCAGCGUCCCCCAAUCCAGCUAACCAGCAGCCAGCAGCUAGCCCAAAGCCCAAGUUGAACGAAACCUCAUUCUGAAGCCCAAUGAUGCCACUGUGCUGCAUUUGCAAUUCACGUUUUGGAUCAGAUUUACUAGUGCUUCCAUGAUCAACUUUUAGCUUUUUUUUUUUUUUUUAAAAGGAAACGGUAAAAGGUUUUUACAAGAUGCCUAGCGUAUAGUCAUGGAAAGUAAUAGCAAAAGGGCUAAAUGAAACAAGCAAUAUUUUUUUUUGUUUAUUUUCUUUUUUCUGUCUUGUCUGUUCUCUGCAUUUGUGCUCCACGCAACACUGCCACGUUGAGACAUUUUUUAAGUAGCUAGAAUAUUUCUUGAAUUUUAGUUUUUGUCUUUCCUAGUAGUCUGGUUCAAAUCUAGGAUAAUAGUUUUAGUAAAAACUAAUAUUAGGAUACUGUAAAAAAAAUAAAAAAUAAACGCUAGUCUCACUUCACUAACCAAUGAGCCAAAGCAGAUAAUUAAUUAACUAUGCUUGGAUUUUUUUAAAUAGACUUUUCUAUGUGAGUAUCUUGUUGAGCUUUUAUGUAUAUUGUAGACUGCUAUUAGUUGAUAAUAAACCACUGUCAUCCAAUAUAUUUUUAGGGGUUCGUCCAUCUUCAACUAAGAGGACUGUUGUACAGUAUACAGUAGCACACACCCAUUCUCUAAACAAAGGAAACGUAAAGGGUAAAUAAAUGACACCUCCCUUAAACUGUGCAACUAGCGUUCAGCUCAGUUCACAUUAAAUUGAGCACAGCGUUUCCGCAAUGAGAAAAUGACAACCUGUGUGGUUUCCAGUAAACAGUGCACUGCAUUUAGCUGCAAUCUAGUUAGAACGAGUUGUGUGGGGAGACAGAUCGCAGUAACUCGAAAUGAUUCGAAACAUUCUAGCCUCGUAUUAUGGUAACGUGCAAGGCAGUUUUUAAUUUAAUCUUUUAGCAGUUCCAAAAAGUUGGGAAGCUGGUUCUUCAGUGAAAAUGUCACCAGUGGUAUAAUUUUGAUGUGGCAUCACUUUACAGCUUGGAGAGCUAUGUGGUUUACAGUAGUUUUUCAAAAUGUAUUUUCUUAAUGCGUUUUGAAGUGUAGAUGUAGAAUAUACUCUGUCAGGUGUUGUGCUGUUAUUGUUGUAUGCCACUAGUUUGCUUAUUUUCAAUAAUUGAUGAGAAUUGUGAUCUCCUAUUUAUCAAUAAAAGUUUGCCAGCACAAGGUUAAGUUACAAUAGAACUUCAAAUGAAUUUUUCUUUCAUUUUCUUUUGGUGUGAAUGUAGAGCAUUGAUGUUAAGGAAUCACACUUGGCAGUUUUCCCCUCUGCCUUUAAGUUACUGUAAUUAUGUUAUUCGAUGGUGCCUCGUUGGCAGUAACUUGUCUGUAAAUUGAUCCACCUAAUAAAAGCCCAGCUGUUUUGUAAAAA